ACAAGACAAGAUACAAUGAUAUGUAUAUAUCUUGAUCCAACACACACAAACAAAAUGGAGAACGGCAUACAAUUGUUGCCGCAAACAUCAUUAAUUAUCAACGAUUACUUAACACUCAGUUCACCACCCACAUAUUCACGUUUACCACCGGACGGACAUGAAUUCCCGCCAAAUUUCAGUGAACCACUAAUAAUGCCUACACCCAAUUUACUAAAGGCUGCCAGCCUAAUGCAAUCCACCACAACUACCAUGACAACAGCGAACAGGCAUGGCAGCAAUGCACACACAAACACAGUUUACACUGAAAAAUUAUAUGCAGCAGCCACUGCUGGCCAGACCACGGUUGCCAGCACACGCACCACACAUAUAGCCAGUUCCACAGCAAACGGAUUAACAACGUCAAAGGUCAGCGUUGAGAUGGAACAGCAAAAAUCACCACAAAUUUCUAAUACAGCAGUUGAUGCAGUACCACCACCGCUACCUAAAUCGGUGCCACCACCAACAGUACCACGUAAAGUAUAUCGACAAGAUUUGGUCGUCAAAGUAGAAGAUGCACGUACCGAUUUGUUGCAACCUAAAGUCGCACCUACAACUCCUGCACCAACCACAGCUAGCCCUGCCAAGUUAAUCUAUGAGUCACGUCAUAGCCGUUCCACACAAAAUCUCACGGCAGCCAGUACACCUACAAGCAAAGCAGAUACUGUAGCAGCUUUUGGUGCCAACGUUGACUAUAAACGUUCCUUAAGUGCACCACGCAAACAUAGCGAUUGGCGCAAGGAUGAAAAAUCAGAGAAAAAUUGGAAACAAUUCUAUUUUAAUAAUCAAUGGAAUGGAAUGGAAUGUGAUGUCAAAUUACAAAUUAAGGAAACGUUAUAUUAA